UUUUUUAAACAACAGUUAAAAACACAACCGUUUAUAAUCCCGUUUUUUACUGAUUACUAGUCAAUUAAUUUCAUCAAAUAGUUUUAUUUUAUAUCAUUUGCAUUGAUUGAUUGAUUGUAAACUGUUAAAACACACUGUUAUGUUUAGACUGUCAUUUAAUAACAGCUGUACAGCAGCACUGGUAUCAUUGAUUGCUACCAGACAUCUAUGUGAACAACAAUGGACAACAAGUAGACGACAGCAGCAGCGACAACAACAACAACGAUCAACACCAGUGUCUAUAAAUAAUAGUCAAUCUCAAUGGAGACCACUAUCAUCACUGUCAGCCCUAUUCAUGAGAUACGCUUUCCUAUCGAAUGGCCAACCGGUAGAGCCGUUCAGCAUCGACUGGUUCAAACCGUUUGUGUCGAUCAGGGCCUACGUAACCAACACCGAUCAUUCGCUGUUUACCGAAAACUAUGACGGUCCGCCCUAUAUUUGGGGAUCGGGUUGUAUAAUGCGGUCGUCUGGUAUUGUAAUAACCACAUGCAAUACAGUGGAAAACCUAACCGAUGUAUCGGUGCGUACAUCCGAUGGACAGGAGCACAGAGGACGAGUAACUAUGCGUACACCUGAAUUCAAUUUGGCUGUCAUACAGCUUAGCGAAACUAGAGAUGACUGGCCAGUGAUAUACAAACGUAAUAUUGUAGACACAGAGUUACGUGUAGGCGAACCGGUGAUGACUGUCGGCAACAUUAUUGCCGGUGUCUAUAACUAUGUCUCCGAAGGCAUUAUCAAUAAUCCGAAACGUGACAAAUGGGAGAUACCCAACUGUCCCAAUGCUAUUGACGAUCAACUUCACACUCUUAUACAGCAUACGGCAAGUGUUCGAGCGGGCGACGGCGGAACCAGUGUUGUGGACAUGGAUGGCCGGGUCAUUGGCGUUAAUAUUGUCCAAUUUCAGCCGACGGUAAAUGUCUGUCUUAAUAUAGAAUCAAUUGAAAUAUAUAUUAACUAUUAUUUGACGCAACGAGCACUGAACUUUGGACUACUGGUCUAUUGGUACGAUCCGCAGAACCGGCAGUUUUUCGAACAAAACGGCGUACCGCCCGAACUAUUGCCCGACUAUUGCGGCAUUUUGGUGGCCGAAGUUUUUGGCCAACGAGAUCCCUCUGUACGAAACCUUGCAAAGUACAACAUUAUAACUCAUGUCAACCGAUUUCGGGUACAAUCCAUGGAUGACCUGUAUCGGGCACUCGAACAACAAAUGUCUAUAUCGGUGACCGUAGGCCAGGACCUGAUAGUACCGACCGAUUGGUUUAUUGUUAGCAAAAUUGAUGAUAAUGAUACCACUGUUGUCUAA